AUGGGAUCAAGGAAUCAUAACAGCACGGAGCAAGUGAUGGAGUUCAUCUUACUUGGCUUCCAGCUCCCUAGGCCCAUAGAGAUCUUCCUUUUUUCAGUGCUUCUUCUUGUUUUCCUUUUAACACUAGCUGGGAACAUCACCAUCAUUGUAUUGGUGUGCCUUAACCAACGCCUCCAAACCCCCAUGUACUUCUUCCUUUGCAACCUCUCCCUCCUGGAGAUCCUUUUCAUCUUAACGAUCACCCCUAAAAUGCUGGUGAACCUACUUUCUACGGACAAAACCAUCUCCUUCUCUGGCUGCAUCAUCCAGUGUUAUUUGUACUUCUUUCUUGGCACCACUGAGUUCAUCCUUAUUGCUGUGAUGUCCUUCGACAGGUAUGUUGCCAUCUGCCACCCACUUCGCUACACGAUCAUCAUGAAUGGUCAUGUCUGCAUUUCCCUGAUCCUGGGCUGCUGGGUGGGUGCCUUCUUCUCUACCAUUGGCCCUAUCUUUCUGUUCUUCCGUCUCUCUUUCUGUGGCUCUAAUAUCAUUGACCAUUUUUUCUGUGACUAUGCCCCAAUAAUAAAGCUUUCCUGCAAUGAUGUACAGCUGCUUCUUACCCUAGAGUCCAUCCUGUCCUCUGUGAUGCUCAUCAUCUCACUGUCAGUCACUGCUGACUCUUACCUCUACAUUAUUGCCACCAUCCUGAGGAUGCACUCCACCAGUGGCCAGCAAAAGACCUUCUCCACCUGUGCUUCCCAUAUCAUGGUUGCCUCCAUCUUUUAUGGUAGUACCAUUUUCAUGUACUCUUUGCCUAGCCACGGACGCUCCCAGGAUGUCCAGAAGGCAGUAGCGGUACUGACAGCAGUGGUCAUCCCAUUACUGAACCCUUUUAUUUAUACUCUCAGGAAUGAGAAGGUCCAGGAGGCCUUCAGAGACUCUCUGAAGAGGCGGACAUUUUCAUAG